CCACGCCGGAAAUGCGGACCGGCCGCGUUCGGUCCGGCGGGCCCGGAGAGGAGUGUUCCGAGAUGGCUGGCGGUGCCAAUCUUGAGGCCCAGCUGUGUUCCGAACAGUUCGGUUCCGGGGCGGCGCGGGGCUGCCUCGCCGCCGCCGACGGCAGCUUGCAGUGGGAGGCUUGGGAGUGGCGCUGGUGGGGGCUCUCUGGGCCGUGCCCGGGGAGAGCCCGAGGACGGGAUGGCGGCGGAGGGGGGACCCCCGGGACGGCUUCUCCGCGUCUCUCCGGCCUGUUGGUCGUGUUCCUGCCGCAGGGCUUCCCCGACAGCGUCAGCCCGGACUAUCUGCCCUACCAGCUGUGGGAUUCCGUGCAGGCCUUUGCUUCCAGCCUCUCGGGCUCCCUGGCCACGCACGCAGUCUUGCUGGGCAUAGGGGUGGGGAACGCAGAAGCUUCUGUUUCAGCUGCCACCGCCACCUGGUUGGUGAAAGAUUCAACUGGCAUGCUGGGCCGCAUCAUCUUUGCCUGGUGGAAGGGGAGUAAGCUGGACUGCAAUGCCAAGCAGUGGAGGCUUUUUGCUGACAUCCUCAAUGAUGUGGCCAUGUUCCUUGAGAUCAUGGCUCCCAUAUAUCCAAUCUUUUUCACUAUGACUGUCUGUAUCAGCAACCUGGCCAAGUGCAUCGUGAGCGUGGCUGGUGGGGCCACUCGGGCGGCCCUGACCAUGCACCAGGCCAGGAGAAACAACAUGGCUGAUGUGUCAGCCAAGGAUAGCAGCCAGGAGACACUGGUAAACCUGGCAGGGCUCCUGGUCAGCCUCUUGAUGCUUCCCCUGGUGUCAGCUUGCCCGAGCUUCAGCCUCAGCUGUUUCUUCUUCCUCACCGCCCUUCACAUCUAUGCCAACUACCGGGCAGUCCGAGCCCUUGUCCUAGAGACUUUGAACGAAGACCGGCUCCGGCUGGUUCUGAAGCACUUCCUCCAGAGGGGAGAGGUUCUUGACCCCACUUCAGCUAAUCAGAUGGAGCCACUGUGGACAGGUUUUUGGCCAUCUCUGUCUCUAUCCCUGGGGGUCCCCCUACACCGCUUAAUCUCCAGUGUCUUUGAGCUGCAGCAGCUGGUUGAAGGACACCAAGAACCCUACCUCCUUCACUGGGACAAAUCAAAGAGCCAAGUGCAAGUCGUUUUGAGCCAGAAGGCAGGCCCUGAAACCAUCCUAAGGGCUGCCACACACGGCCUGGUACUUGAAGCCCUGCAGGGAGAUGGGCCCCUCCCAAGAGAGCUGGAGGAACUGAGGAACCGAGUACUGGCAGGUGCUGACAAAGAGAGCUGGGUCAUCAUCAAGGAGACACACCAAGUGUUGGACAAGCUCUUCCCAAAGUUCUUGAAAGGACUGCAGGAUGCAGGCUGGAAGACUGAGAAGCACCAGCUAGAGGUGGAUGAGUGGAGGGCCACGUGGCUUCCGUCUCCAGAAAAGAAGAUCUUGUGAGCAGCCCAGAUAGAGGACAGGAACCUGAAGCAAGCACACUUUGGCCACAGCAGAAUGUGGGAAGAGAAGCUUUUAUUUUUGCUUAGGGGAACCGCUAUGGCAGUUUGGCCAAGGCCUCAUGGGCUGUAAACUGCCAGUCAGAUGGACAAGGCCCCAGGCAGAGACAAGGUGGAGAGAAGGGGAACCAGGGCCUACCUCCUCCCCCUCCUGCCAUACUCCCUUUUCACCACUGCAGGCCCCGCCCCCAGCUCCCCCCUCCCCCAUUCAUCUUGAGGCUGAGCCCUGCCCUGACUGUGGCUCAUGGUGUCCAACGCAGUUGGCCUCAGGCAUAGAAGCCCCAGAAGAAAGUGGCCACAGCCAUCAUUAGCAGGGCAUUGAUGUUGACCACACGGGCCCAGCUCGAGUCCUCACUGAUGUCCUCCAGCCGCCUGGCUGCCGCAGCCAUCUCCUCCUGAGUAGGGGCUGGGGGACUACCGGCCCCACCCCCAUUCAUUCCACAGAACCAGAGCAGACACCUGCGGAGCAGGCCAGGUGCUGGGGGCUGGGGCUCUAGGAAAAAUGGACCGCAGACAGUUAGUUUGAGGGAACUUGGCUCCCCUAGUCCCUGGCCCCACCUCCUGAAGCAGUGCCUUACCCUCCAUCUCCACCGCAUGCUCCGGACACCCAUUCUGUAUGGGGGGUGAGGUUGGACCUUCCAGCUCAUCAGCAUCCAGGUCCUCUCGCUCCUCCUUGCUGUGCCGUAGACUGAAGACCAGGCGGUGGAGCUGGGAGAGGGGGCAGGGACCAAGUGAGAGUGCUGCUCCCCCAGCACGCACCCUGAAGUGCCUCAUCCACCUGGUACUCCUAAGCUCCCUCUGCCCACCCUAUGCUCUUGGUUCAGACUCAGUUCACUCAAACCUGACCUUCCAUGGCAGCCCUUUGCCCUCAGAUUAAACCUAAGUUCUUUAACUGUGUGUUUAAAGCUCUUGGCCCUGGUCACCCCCGUUUCAUCACCCCAAGUCCCUGUCUACACUCAAGUUGUGGUCCUUUAGACACUAGUCUUCUAGUCCUGCUAACAGUGUUCCUUCCUGUGGAUAUUUGUUCACAUAGUUUCCUCCUGCCUUUCCCUCCUUCUCCACCUGUGCAGUCCUGCCCAUCCUUCUAUCCUGCCCAUCCUUCUACCCAGCUCUUCGGUCCUGGUCCCCAGUCAGCCCUGUCCUGGGGCACCUCCCCUGCAGCAGCACAAGCCCAGACCCUUUUGUGGGCCUUUGAGAUAGCAUUCUGUCCCUCUCAGCCACCUGGCCUAUGUACUGGAUCCUGUGUUUUUU